AGUUUGUCCGACGACGAGAGAGCAAUGUCGAAGAUCUUUCUGUUCCUGACGUUACUAUGCACCUACGCGGUCGCGUCGGUACCGAAAGAUGCGAAGCAGCAAAAACGGGGCAUUAUCGGAAAUGACGGAUGGAUCGGUCUAUCGAGCCCUUAUGGACAUGGACAACCGUGGUCGAUCGGCCACGCCCCUUGGAAAGGAGGACUCAAACUUCCCGAGGUCAAUCUCCACGCAGGGUUGAACCUGGCAGGUGCGAUUUAUGGUAGAGGUGGCAUCGCCCUAACACCCGGAAUUCUGAAAACACUACCGGUGGUCAUAACGAAGCACGUGGUGGUGGAGAAGCCGGUGCCAAUUCCGGAGCCCAUAAUCAUAGAGAAGCCGUAUCACGUGCCGAUACCAAUCGAGAAGAUCAUUCACAAACCGGUCCCGGUCCCGAUACCGGUACCUCAGGCGGUUCCGGUUCCUGUGGAGCGCCCGGUGCCGUACCCGGUGAAGCAGCCGAUCGCGGUGCCCGUGCAGCAGCCGUAUCCGGUCCCGGUGAAGCACCCGGUGCCCGUGCCCGUGCCGGUGCCGGUCCCAGUACCGUUGGCCCCGCUGCCGCCCUUGCCGGUUCCCCCGGCGGCGGCGAUCCCGCUGAUUCCGACGGCCGCGGGCGGCCUCGCUGGCGCCAUCUAUGCGCGCGACUACGCAUCCGAUCAUCUGUACGUCCACCCGCCGCCGUCGGCCGCCGUCGCCGCCGUGCACGGCGUGCACGGCGUGCACUUGGACCACGGCGGCAUCGGCGGCAUCGGCGGCAUCGCCCCCCUCGCCCACGGCUUCGGCCAUGGGCUUCUCGGUCACGUGCUGGCGCACGGUUACGGCCACGGUUACGAUCACCACGAUGCCCACAUCGCCCAUGUCGACCAUCUUGUCCAUGGGCACGAGCACAAAAAGAGGAAGACCGACAAGAACUGA